CCUGUACCAAGCCAUUAAAUUAGCUAGUGUAACAGGUGAGAUUGUGAGAACUGCAUCGGUGGACCACAUAUUCUGCAAGAUCCGUUCUCAGAAUACUCUCCAGGAGGUAUGGAUCACGGAGCCCCAGUAGCAGCUGCAAAAAGGAACAACCCCGUCCCAUCAGGAAAGGUGGCCACAUCAUUGCUAAUGGUAUUACUAUGGACAAUAACGGAAGCUACGAUGGACAUUACAAACUACACGAACGCUCAGACAGUGACCAUUCAUAGGGGACUGGGAAAGUUACAGACAUCCUCAACAAAAUUAGUACAUGUAAUAGACCUUAAUCAAAUCCAGGAAGCACUAGACCUACUUAACAGUCACACUGAAGAGGGCCUAAAGCGUAGUCCGCUAUAUUCAACAAUACAUCAUGAGUUAAUCGCUACCACUAACGCACUCAAAACAAUAACAGAUUCCCCAAAUAAACGAAAAUCUAGGUCACUAAAUUGGUUAGGUACAGGUUGGAAGUACAUAGGCAGCAGAUCAUGA